AUGGGAAUGACUUCAACCCGUAAUAUUCAAAGCAUGUGUCCGUUUAGUGUGGUUGUGCUUGCCAUGUGCUUUUCGUUACUGCUAACAGGUGAGCUGACAUGUUUAUUUCAGUUGUGAAAAAGCCUUACCUUGAGGUAGAUAGUUUUUGAAGCUUUAAAAAUGAGAUAGUUUGAAGCUAAGAAUAUGUUGUGAUUGUUGGCAAUCCCACCGUCAUUAUUAUUCUUCGUUUUAAACCUUGCCUGAUAAGAGAUGUUGGAAAGAUGUCUGUAAAAACCCCAUUCUUUUCCAACACAAAGUAUCGCCUCCAAAAGUUAAGUAUUACUUCCACCAAUGUUUUCGUUUAUCAAACAAUUCUAUGCAUAGUGAAGUAUGGGGUUAUACGGAAAUCUUGCCAUACUUAACAUUUUGAAUAUCUCUACAAUGGCCACUCUUAAAAUCUUGUUCAGGAAUUGGAGGAAAUCAUUCACAUACUUAUAAACAACACAACGUUAAUGGGCAAAGGCCACAACUUGUUUCAAGAUGCUGUCGUAAGUGCAUGGAAUUUAAAAACCAUUAUUGAUCAUUAAGAAUAAGACCACUCUAGAUGACUGUGUGAUGUAUAAUGAUAUACCUUUCCAUCUUUUAGGAAAUGAUGUGAAAUGUCAAAAAAUUUCCUGAGGCAAAUGUCCAAUGUUGAGUAACCUUUUGGCUUUCGAGUGGUACUGUGUUCAACUAAGUAAACAAAAGGUUCAAACUGAGCAUGAAACUUAAAAUUUUCAAAAUCAAGAUAAUUCGUUUUCAACUUGUUAAGGGAAUAGGAAAAUUAAAAAAAAAAAUGCAAUGAAAAUAGUUUCAACAGUAUCCUUUAGCCCAGGUCUUUCCUUUUACUUGUAAGUUGAAUAGUACAUCAUCUAAGGCAAUGCUGGUGGGGCAGGUUGACAUCUUGGGCUGGCUUCAUGUCAGACUUAAUUUUGGAUUUUACAGUUAUGUUUUCCUGUGUGAUUGGGUUCUGAUUUGUGGCUGGUUCAUUACUUGUCUGAGGUGAGGGAGAGCUCAGAGGUGAACUAGGAAUUCUCAGUAGGUUCACAGAUGGCUUAGGUGUUCGCUAUUACUCCUGAACUGCGUUCUCUUUUGUGUUUGGAUGGAACAGGAUCAAACAUUCACAUGGUCACUUGUUUUUUCACAGUCCAUAUUUUGCAGCUCUAAUUUACAUGUCUUGGUUUGUGUGUACUGAAUUGUCACCUUUGAAAAUUGGACAUGGUUACUCUGCAGUAUUUCUGAAGUAGUUCUCAAUCUACUCUUCCGUUCUUUCUGACUUCCGGGGUUUUGUUACACCUCCCAAAAAUAAGUUUUUGUUGUGAAAAGAGCUUUGUUUAUAUCGAUUUUUGUUCUUUGGGCUUUUUGGCUUAUGCAAAUGAAGAAUUUUUUUUGCUAUUGUGAAAAGCUCCUUUCUUUGUGUUUCACCUUUGACAGCUUCAAGGGAAAUCUAAAUUCGAUUUAUUUUUUUCCAAUUCAGGGCAAGAUUUCCCUGUAAUUCUAAGGGAGUUAGGGGAAGCAAAAUUUGAAGUAAAAGUGUUAGAGAAAACUUGAGUCUGAAACUUGGUGGCAAACAAUUUAAACAAACUUUGAACUUAACACUUCCACAUCUUGGAAAUCUUUGGCAGGUCACUUGCGAAAGACUUUUUGAAAACUGCACUUCAGUGAAGGAGAUAUUGACAGAAAAAUAUUGUUUAUACCAUCAUGUAAGGAAAUCAUGCAGGAAGAAUUCACUCAGAUAUAAAUAAAAAAAAAACAAAACAAAACACAACUUAAAUAGGCAAAAGCCAUAGACAAGUGCAAACUUUGAAUAAGAUAUUGGCUUGAGAUCAUAGAAUGUAGCAAAAUUGUUUUUCUCUUGCUAUUAAUUCAGGGAUACAGGGCAUUUGCACAAGGCAUGCAGUUUGUUGUGGUACUUGAAGUGACUGGGAAUAAUGCUAAUCCUCCAGAUGAGAUUCCUGAACAUGUUUUGAGUUUUUGGCUGCACUUGAUAAUUUGCACCAAGUCUUGUAAAUUAAUUUUGUUUUUUCUUUUUUUUAACAGGCUUACCCAUCAAUGCCACAAGUUGUCCUAGUUUUAAACUCGUAAUCAUUGAAAUGAUUGGUGCUACUGAUCUGACAAUUGAUUGUAACACCACAAAUCCAAAUGCCAAUGUAACAUUGCUGUUGGACAAUGUUAGAUUACCUGUUGGGGGCAGAGUUACACUUCACAAGCAAGUCUUCACUAUUCACAACAUUUCAACUAGAGAUACAGGAAGAUAUAAAUGUGUAACCAGUAGUGGUUCAAGCAUGACAGUUUUUUGCCAGACCGUAAUCUACACUUCUGAAGGUAUGACUCAAAUUGAAAUAUGAAUCAUUCUUACUCCCAUAAUUCAAUUAGAAAUUACCUUCUCUUGAGAAUUUCAAGGUGUACAGGUGUUUGAAGAAUCUAACUGAUAUCUGGGAAGUAUGAGUUUAAGCCCAAUCAAAACAUGAAUUUUUUUUUCACCCCUGAGUUCCUGCCUAUUUUAAAUUUGAACUUUCAUUUUAUAAUACAUUUUUUAGAUGAUAAUUAUUUUUAUGAAGGGGGAGAGGGGAAGAGGUUAUGAAUGCUUGUCUACCCAAUUUGUAAAUAAUUAUUAUUCCAACAAGCUGUUCAAAUAGUUUAUGAAACAUUUUUAUUUUGACCUUUAUGAAAGGGUGUGUCAGAGAUAAAGUACAGCCAUUCCUGCCAGCUAAGUAGGUAAUCUGGACCUGGACAAGGAACUAACCAACUUGUACCAACAAAGAUGAUAAAUGUGUACCAAGACAACAAAGGGAUAUCUUGGAUGGCAGUUAAUGAUUGAGUGUAAUAUGUUUAAAUUAAUUUUUUGUCUCUAGAGAAACAAGCAUGCUGUCCAAAAGUGACUCCUGAAGUAAAGGUUAUGGAGGCUGGUAUGAGCACAAAUUUCACUUGCAAAGCCGCUACUACUGGUAGUCUCUCAAAGUAUUUUACUUUAAAGUGGUUGAGAGAAGAGAAUGGAACUAGUGUGGAAAUUCGUCAAGGUGACACAAUGCACAAGCAAACUGUUGUAUCAUAUGGCCAUUCUGUUCUUACAAUUACAAAUGCACAACUUACACCAGCAGAGGGUGUAACGUAUCGCUGUCAGAUAACCUACAGGGGUACAGCAUCUUCCUCCCUCCCUCUACGUUUGAUAGUAGUCAAAGGUGAGUUUUAAUAAUAAUCACGAGAGAUAACAUAAUUUCAUAUUCUGACAUGUACAUACCAUAAUUAUUUGAUGUAGAACCCUGUUUCUAUUAAGGGUCCCCUCUCUGAUAAUCACCCCCUUCAAAUUAGUUUUUGUCAAUAAGUGCCCCUAUUCUAAUAAGUGCCCCUAUUCUAAUAAGUGCCCUACUGAGUAAGCAUCUUCAUUCCAAAAAGUGUCUAUACUAACUAACAAGUGCCCCUAUUCCAACAAUCACCCCUGUUCUAUUUCAGUCAAAGCACUGUUAAUCUAUGAGUAUAUGACUGUACAUUGAGAUCAACCAUGGUCUAUCUUCCUAUUAGUGCUCACUCAAAGCCUCAUAACAAAAAGAUGGUCUUCAUCUCAGUCUCUUAAUCAUUAUGUUGCCAUAAGUCCACAGUUCCUUUGAAGCAAAGAUCCCAUUUCAAAAUUUUGGGACAAUUACUCGGCCAGUCAUCCUUGCAAGGAAAGAUCCAGGGACAAGAAGUCCAUUUUUCAGUCUUUUUGAUCCUCAGUCUAAUUAAUAUCAAAGCUUUUUUUCACAUCCUGCUGUGUCUUAAAAACAAAUAACAGCCCUCUCCCUAAUAGGGGACUUUGUUUUGAAUAAGUGUCCUCCCUUGAGGUUCCAAAAGUAAAUAAUUGAUAAUUGCAAUAACGUCAUUAAAAAGGAAAAAUUCCUUGUAUAAUUAUUAUGGGCAACCCCCUAUUUUUCACUUACAUAUUUAACUUAAUUAGAAUUUAUUAUUUGCAAAAGCCGGCUCUGUGGGUACCACCAACUCAGAUUGUCGAGCCCAAUUCCACUCCCUUAUUUUCCAAACUAGGAAUUUUAGAUAUUUUUGAAGUCAGUAAGUUUGAAUUGCCAAAUUCAUGUUUUAUUAUGAAAAUGACCUAUUGCCCCCAUUACUUCUCAACCUUUUGGUAACAAAUAGCCAUAUUCACUGCUAUAGUAUCAGGACAACCAAUAAUUAUUGAACUCAUUUGUGUCAUACAAAUCUCAGGCAAUUUGCAAUUUUCUACCAAGGUAUUAAAAUCUGGAUUACUCUGUUCCUGUUUCAGUCACUUGUUUGUCAAAUCUUCUUAAAUUUGAACUGAAAAUGCAAGAGUUUUUAAUUAAGUAGUCACUCAAUUGGCCAAGCCACACAUUUGCAGGACUUAUUCUUUUUUCAAUAUAUUGUUGUAGCUGAGAUGGCCUCUCCUAUAAGGCUGGUGGCUUCCUGGGUCUCCUUGCCUUCUAUAAAUUAUAAUGCUGUAGAUAAUUGCUUUUUUGUAUUGUCAAACAUACAAAUAAAUGAUGCUGAUGAUGAAGCAAAUCCCAUUUUUGGCUAGAACAGCUCCAAAUCUUUAUCACUGAUGCGACUGUUGAUUAAAAAUUAAGUAAUUUAUAGAUCAAUUUACAUAUUAGACUUAAUUCCAUAUUUUAGCAUAAGUUUGUUAACUAUUAAGAUCUUUAAAAAGGUGAUUAUUUUUCCUGUUAAUGAAACAAUACAGUUUUUGUUGAUGGGCAUAAUUAUGUUUUGGGCCAACUUAGGCCAAGCCAUCAGGUAAGGGUUAAAAUGACUCUGAGAACAGCCUAAAACAUAUAAAUCAUAUGCCUAAGAGCAUAAACUGUAUUACUAUUCAUUAUUGAUUUGGAGGGUACUGAGCAAAUAAAAACUGAAAAAAAAAUAAUAAAACAACCUGCACAAUCAUGUGAGCGUGCAUGAAGCCAAAAACCAUUUAAACCCCAAAUGUGCCAUGAUGCCCAACAAUGUGAUAAUAAGUUUUAUUUUUAUUUUUUUUACUUUUUUCCUUGAGACAAUUACAGUUGCAUAUUUGAAGUAAGACAGUCACAUUUGCCAGUGGUCUAAAUGUAUCAGGAAAUGGUAGCUUGGAAACUUUGAAUGAUAAGCCUUUUUUCUUCCUUUAUUUGCCAACAGAUUUUGCACCCAACAUAAUAUUUUUAAAGUCUUUAGAGGAAUCAGGAACUGUUAAGGAGAAAGAUAAGUUGUCAAUGCGUUGUCGAGCACGCAGCUUCCCAUUGUCUAACAUCACUUGGAUUCAUAAUGGAGCAAAAAUGUCAGUGUGUUUAAUAACUCGAAGUCAGGAUUGCAUGGGGAAAAGUUACAAAGUGCUGCAAGAUACCAAUAAGCAGUGGCUUACCUCAAUUAGCCAACUUAUUAUAGAGAGUACAAGUUUUCCAAGAGAUAAUGGGACUUACACCUGUGUAGCAAGGAACAGCAAGAGUUACGAUGAAAAAAACCUGGAAAUUUCCAUUGAGAGUAUGUGUUAUAAAAAUCAUAUGUAGUUUUUUAUGGUUAAAUGGAUGAUUUCUUUUAGUUGAUAUAACCUUUUGCUGUCAACCCCACUAAGAAUUACCAUGCAAUUGCAAACUGACCUAUUUUUUUCAGAGUUCUAGCUUGUUUUGGGCUUGGGAAGCCAGGUACCUCUGUAGUAGUAGAGAUUUGACUGUUACUGUAACUUUUGACAUACUGAGUCCAUCAUUAAAGCAUACAAACAGCAAAUGGAAGGGUCAAUUUUCAGAUGAUAUAGCUGUCUAUAGGCCAUUUAAAAAUUUCAUUUUGAGAGCUGUGUAAUUGUUAUAAUUCAGCAUAGUUACACUGUAGAUACUUAAUGAUAAUUUGUUAUUUUCUUUAGCUGUACCCACUUUGGAUAAGUCGAAGUCAUUCUGGACAAGUAGAAGAAUCUACUGUGAGAUCAGCCAAUCCAAUCCAUUGCCAACUUUCAAAUGGCAGCAUCAAAAUGGCCCGUGUUUGAACUUCAAUCCAGAAUGUUACCCAGACAACAGCAACUGGAAAGACCUUCCCACUAGCUUUGUCAUUUCCCCACCUAGUGGCGAUGCCACUUACAGGAGCACUGUUGACAUUCCGCUAGACACUCAGUCAGGAUUUUUAAGAUGUUUGGCAGCCAACACAGGAGGAAGUGAUGAAAAUAUGAUGCGAUUCUUUGCUAGUGGUGAGUUAUGAGUGAUAAUUAUUACUGUAGAAGGUGAUGAAAUGCUACUUAAUUAAAUGCAUCAUACCGUAUCCAUACUUCUAUCAUAUUUUGGCAUUAUUGAUAAUAAAUAAAUCUGCAAAAUGAUUAAUUUUUGAGAGUAAGGGUUUUUUGGGAUGAAAAGUGUUGAAUUGGGUCUGGAGAAAGUAUGCAACAAAUCUAGCUUUUCUUUCACUUUUUCAGAUUAAAUGACUUCAAAAUGUUACAUUUUGUUACUGAAAUUGAUGUUAGUGAGUCGAACUGAAUGCUAAGUAAUAACUUAGCCACAUGUAUUGCUGAAUUUUGAGAGCUCUCAUCACCCAAACUGAUAACAAACUCUUGUAGAUUGUUUCUUGCACUAUAGUAGAAUGUCUAUUACUAUGAUGACAAUUACACUGGCGAUGAGUUAAUCUACAAUUUGAGACUGAACUAUAUAGGAAAAGUAUUGGAUAUUGCAUAAAAAUGCAUGAAUUAAAUAACAAAAAAUUUGUGUGAACUACAUGUUCUCUCCGUAGGUAUGGAUUCUGUCAGAAUCACAACAGCAACAAAAGAGUAUGAUGAAGAUGAUACUUUAAGUAUGAGAUGUGUUAGGAUUUGCAGAGGUAAAAUGACUGGUUGGUACAAAGAUGGUAGACAGCUGUUGGCGGCUACUGAUCCAAGAAUCAAUGUAACAUUUGGGACUGAGAGUGAAUUGACAUGGACAAAUCUAGUGGUGGAAAAACUUACUGUCAAUGAUUCUGGAGUGUACAUUUGUGCAGCUACUGACUGUCAAAGUAAACCUUUGAAUGUGUCGAGGGAUAUCAAAGUCAACAGUAAGUAAUCAGUUUGUCUGUGAGUACCAUAAAACCAAACCUUCCCUGUUUACUGUGUUCCUGUGAUAAUACCAUUGUGUUAUGAUGAUAUUAUCAUGGGAAUAUUUCAUGUAUUAUCCAUAUUAUUUUUAGAUAACACCCCACUAACUAAUAAGUUUCUUACCAACUGUUUGGUGGGUAUUGUGUUGACAUGACAUUGUCAGGAGAAUUUUUAUGCGUAAAAUCAUUCUCUAGAGAUGAAGGGUUAAAACAGAAGAGGCUGUACAGGUGCAACAAUUUUUGCUAUCACAAACCCUUACACUCCCAAGAUCUCAUUGGUAAAUUUCUCCCUGCUGUCUGCUAUACAAUUCUUAUGAUGUUAGUUUGGAGAAUUUGGUAUUGAAUCCACUAAUAAUGCCCUAAUUGAUUUUUUUAUUCCCAUCACUUCCCUUCUUGAUAUUGUAUUGAUAUUGGAAGGAGUAAUUAUGUCUUGGUCACUCAUGGGAAUUCAAGUGUUAACAGCAACUUCCUCCAGCAGUUGAAUCCUCCCUUAGAAACAGUACAGUUAAUGGUUUUGCUCACCCAUGUUGCAGAUUUGUGUAUUCCAGUUGCUUACACCAUUUGCUUUGUUUUCUUUUCAGAGGUUUUUCCACCAAGUAUACUCAACUUUGAAAAUCAGACAGCUUAUCAUCAAAUUAGCACUGAAUUAUUUUGUAAUGUUUCUGCUCAUCCGAUGCCAAGUCAGGUACAGUGGUUUAGAGGCAGUCAGCCCCUUAGAAAUCAAAUUGAAGUCAUGGACAGACUUUUACCCUCGGCUUGUAAAACUCGUUCUCCUGGUUUCUAUCGAGUAAACGGUGUUGUUGGGAAACUCAUCAUUUGUAAGCCUGCAGACACUCUUCAUACAGGGACCUACACUUGUAAAGCGGCAAAUAGGAAAGGGGAAAGUAACGCUACUGCCUUUCUUAAUGUACUGGGUAAGUGAACGGAGAGCCCAAUGAGCAAUGGAGUCAGAUAUUGUUGUUAUUUCGUGACUCGCUCGCAAUGGGAGAAGUUAGAAAACCAGUAACAAAUUGUUUUCGUAGUUAGUGUGAAAUUUCAGUAAAUAUUCAGUUGUGCCGCUGACAUUUUAUACUUGACAAGUCAUUACUAAAAAUCUAUCUUUGAACUGAUCAGUUGAAUGUUGAAAAGUAUUCUGAGUGAAAGAGGAAAGGGAUGGGUGGAGAAGGGAGGGGAGAGCAGGGAUGGGAUUGGAAGGGACGGAAGAAGAAGGGGGGUACAGUAUGAGAAGGGGAAGAAGGGGGCAGGAGCUGAAAGGAGAGGGAAGGGGAGGGGAGAAGGGAUGGGAUUGGAAGGGACGGAAGGAGAAGAAGGAGGGACAGGAGAGAAAGGGAGGGAAGGAGCUGGAAGGGGAAGGGAGGGGACAGUAUGAGAAGGGAGGGGAGAGAAGGGGAGCAAAGAGAACUGAAAGGAGAAGGGAUCGAAAGGGAGGAAAGUGAAGGGGAGGGGCCGGGUGGAGAAGGGAGGGGAGAGCAGGGAAGGGAUGGAAGGAGAGGGGAGGGGACAGGAGGAGAAGGGGGUAGAGAAGGGGAGCAGGAGCUGAAAGGAGAAGGGAUCGAAAAGGAAGAGAGGAAAGGGAAGGGGUUGGGUGGAGAAGGGAGGGGAGAGCAGGGAAAGGAGUGAAAGGGACGAGAGAAGAAGGGGUGGAGAGAAAGGGAGGGAAGGAAAGGACUUCAAGAGAUCACAGGGCUUCUGAAUUGCUUUACUCGUCAAGAGUUAAUGCCAUUUAUGCCUGAAACAUUUUUAAUUUCAGAGAACCCUGUGAUUAUACUUCCAGCCAAUGGAAGUCGUUCGGUUGAACUAGGGGAGCCAUGGAAUAGUACGUGCGUAGUCACUGGUAACCCUGUGCCAAAAGUAGAAUGGAAAAGAGUGGAUGGAAAUGGAAAUUUAGUAUUCACUCAAAAACAAUACAACAACGAGGAGGUGGUGUUAUUGUUGGAGUCUGUCAGUAAAAAGGAUCUCGGAAUGUACUUGUGUGUAGCCGUUAAUUCAAAAGGAAUUGCAGUUGCAUUCGUCGAAUUGGGUAGGUUGACGAAGUUAGCCAAGUUUCACGUUAAUUAUUACAAAUUCGAAAUCAUAGAAAACUCGCUUGAGCGUGACCUUGUAACAGGUUCAGGCACGAGUAGUGAUUUAUAAAAACUGAGUUAAAAUGUUAAAAUCUUAAUCAUCAAAAUUACUUUCUAGCACCAUGACUGCGAAAACGGUUGGACUUAAGAUCGCUGCUACGGUCCCUCCAAAUGAUAAUCUCCCUUCAACAAACAUGAUGAAUAUGUUUCACUUCCUUUCCUCUUAGCAGAGGCAGACAGCCCCCAGCCGAGCACAGCUCCAGAAGGAUCAAGCAGAGAGAUGCUCAUCGCUCUCAGUGUUGUUGGAGUGCUUCUCUUUGUCCUUUUUAUUGUCAUCUUAGUCUGUUGUGUAUUUUUUCGCCGCCAGCGUCAGAAGAUUAAAGAAUAUCACAGUCAGUUUUUCCUUUUGACUUUUGAACCCGCUAUGGUACGGUACUGUUGUUUUAUUCAAUUGUUUGUUUGUUUGUUCGUUUGUUUGUUUUUGCGUAUUCCUAAGUUAUGGAAAUCUUGAAAAUGCACGUUAUACAGGAUCGUGAACGCGUGAAAUCUGUUCUUUUCCCUAGACAGGUGUGCUAGUUUAAUAUUAUUUGUAGAAAUUGCCAAAUUCAACUGGAUGGUCACGGGAAACAGGUGCAACGGGUUGCAAUCUUGGGGGUGGGGGGCAAGGUAUAAACACAAACCGGCACAUUAGGUGCCAUGAACCAUUGCGUGAAAAGAUGUUCAAACCGUACUAAGCGCAGGAACUAUGCGAUUGGGUGGACUGGAACUUAGUACAAGGGACCGUUCUGCCGCUGCAGUGCGAGAAAUUGAUCAACUGGUAGAAAGAAACUGAUAGCAACCACGGAAUAACUUGCUACUGUUACGAAAUUUCCUUGAAAGGUUUUUAAUUCUUGUUCACUUGUUGGUAAAUUGUUUUCAGAUUGAUCCCGCCCGUACUCUUCAGGAUCAGUGUGAGAAUCUUUCAUACAAUCCAGAUUGGGAGUUUCCGGAGGAAAGGCUCACUCUCGGGAAGGUGCUGGGAUCAGGGGCCUUCGGUGAGGUCAUUAAAGCAGAGGCCAUUGGAAUUGCGGACUUUCAUCCCCGCGACAAAAGUUCAGAGAAAGUAAAACGUCGGUCCAAAAUACUACAUCGCAUUAGUAGCAGCAGGGUGUAUCAGGAUUCUAGCGGAAUUCCUUACGUGAAGACAACUGUUGCAGUCAAGACGCUGAAGAGUAAAUAUCAUUUGCCAUGAUUCAAAUAAGCCUCUUGCAUAGCCUUGUCACAUGAGCAUGUCGAUCAUCGCAUAAUGGUCGAGGUAUAGAUUAGAUUCUGAGAUGGAAAGGGCGUGAUAAAAGUAUCCGUCCAAUUUCGACGCAACUGGCAUUUUAGUGUGAGAUCUUUUGACGGUUAGAAAAUGGUAACAGAUUUGUUCGUUGAAGGUUUAAUUUUGCCAUCCAGCAGCUGAUAACUUUUGAAGCGAGAUAACUAAUUAAUCCUCACCGAAAUACCUUUAAAAGUAUUAGAUAGGGUUGUUUGUGGCCAAUUUUGACUUGGUGCCUCUGUCUGUAUUGUAGGUAACGCCAAGAAAGAGGACUUCGCUGACCUCGCCUCUGAGCUGAAGAUUCUUAUACAUGUCGGGGAGCACAUGAAUAUUGUUAACCUAUUAGGGGCUUGUACAAAAGGCGAUCGCUUGUUCAUCAUCAUGGAAUAUGCACCACAUGGAAACUUGUUAAUGUUCCUACGAAACAAGCGAGAAAUUUACGAGCCCACCUGGAUAACUACAACGAAUAACCCAGAAAAUGAACUAACGAUCAAGAAUUUGGUAGUUUUUGCUUACCAGAUAGCACGUGGAAUGGAGUUUUUAACUUCAAAACAGGUAUGGAUACAUUUGGUUUUGAAUCGAUUUUUUUCUUAGAUUGUAGCGUUAGGUGUGUUUGUUUUGUGCCAGGGGUUCUCUAUUAAGAAAUUUUAAAUAUCCACAUCACUAGUAAACAGAGUUAUGCUAUAACUGAGAAAAGGAGAGAUCGAGAGAUAUCGACUUUUUCGUUAGGAUCGAGUCCUGUGGAGUGGAGAACGACCUAGGGAGAAGGGAAAAACUCGAUAGGAUAUUCAAUGUGCGUAAUAUUUUCUUGAAAAGUGAUUGCUGAAUUUUUUAGCUGAUUCGCUUUUUGAAGGCCCUCAGUUUGUGCAAAUCACUGUAAGUCAUUGGCAGACAGGUGAAGAGAGAAGGAAACGAGCAAUUUGGAAAAACAAAAAACAAAAAACCAGACAACUAAUGAGGAAGUGGAGUUUUAAAGGGGACAUACAGAAGAGUAACAAUCUGACAUCUUGAUAUCUCAAGUCUUUUUUUUCUGCUUUUUGGUUUGUAAAAAUUUUAUUGUAGUUACUCAAAAAACCAAGAAGUUGUGGAACGUUAUCUUCCUUUUUUUCGUUUAAUUGUGGAUGUAUUUUUAGUGUAUUCACAGAGACUUAGCAGCAAGGAAUGUUCUCGUCGGAGAAGAUUACGUCAUGAAAGUCGCUGACUUUGGUUUAGCUCGAAAUAUUUACAAAAGCGAUAUGUACGUGAAACAAACUCAAGGAGUUCUGCCCAUCAAGUGGAUGGCGAUAGAAUCAUUGUUCGACAGAGUUUACACUGAAAAAAGUGAUGUGUAAGUUCUCGUAGAUUUUCUUUUAUCCUAAGACUUCUCUGACUGUUCUGCUGAGAUGUUGGCCAAACGAACUGUUAUCGAUUAUCGGAAUGAAAAAUAGGAAGUAUGUUUAGCAAAGUUGUAAGGAAGCCCAUCUCGCACCAAUUUGUUUCAGAUUCGUCUUCGUUUUUGUAAGUUGAGUGGCUUCUGACUCAAGGAUCAAUCUCUUGUUUCUUUCGAUAUUCUGCCGCCCAUAAAAGGCAUCACUUGACGUGUAAACUGCAUUUCUCUUUAAGACAGUCUCCUUUCGAUUUUAGAAUAUUAUGAAAGUUUAUUUUCGUCCAGGUGAAAAUGGUGCUUGUAUAUUUGAUGUGAAACCUCUACGUACAGUCACGUAAUUGCUAAUUCUUUUCUUUGAUCCUUGCAGAUGGUCAUUUGGUAUUUGCCUGUGGGAGAUCUUCACGCUCGGAGGAACACCUUACCCUACCCAAUCUGCGGAAGAAGUUAUGGACAUGCUCAGUGACGGUGAGCGAAUGGAGCAGCCGCACAACUGUCCUUUGGACAUGUACGUUAUUAUGAGGGACUGUUGGGAACAAAAUCCUGAUCAGCGGCCUACAUUCUUACAGCUCAGUGAACGAAUCGGAAGGAUACUAGAGUUACACACUUCAAAGGUGAAGCCGUUAGUCUUUGUCUAAAUCUGUAUGUUGAGUUGGCUUUUAAGUUAGAGACGUUUUCACUAUCCGCCGACACUCUUCGGAGAGGUUUUGAUAAGCUGGGUACGUCAAAAGAAUUGUCAAUCACUCGCCUUGAUUUUUAACAAACCAGACACUAAGCUACCUCGAGCAACAUCAACCACUGAGCUUGACACAAAGGAUUUCCAUUAUUUUUGGCCCAAUAGGUAGGAUUACGAGAAUGUCCUGUAAUUAAGGUUUCCUCUAUUGUAUUCCUUUGAAAUGUUCCUUUUCCUCCACAGCAAACUAACUCGGCAUACGUAAGUAUCACAGGAGACAACCGACCUGCCAAUGAUUAUUACGUCACACCCUAUAAUACAGAAUCCAACUUUCCGCAAACAAGUUUAGCUGGCUUAAACAGGUUAGCUUUCAGUCCGAUUGGUAUUUUAUAUUUUCCUACAAAUGUACUCCAAUUGCAAAGUUGUUAAGUUAAAAUUAUGAUGAAGCUUGAUUCAUUAGGGAUAUGUCGUGGCAUUUGAUGAGAUCCUCCCUCUAUGCUGCCCAGCUGGGACCCACUACCCCUAGGAAAUAGAAUGCAAUUUGUAAGACCUUGAUGUUAUUUCAAGGGCUCUGAUAUAAUAUGUUGGAAAUGGAACAUACCUUGGAUUUUCACAAAAAUCGCGCUCGUGACUAAUUAUGACAAUGAUAAUUAAUGCAUAGACGAAAAGUGAGUAACGCAAACCCUGAUGGUGAUAACACUGACUUGCCGUUUUUCUUGAAGAAAGAAAACGUUACCUGGGAAGGUUUACGCUACAAGAAACCCUUAAACUUUGUCUCGACCAAGAAACACAUAAAGCCAAGUACUUUUAAUCUAAAUGCGGUAUCUUAUUUUAGACAAACGAGUGACGAUGUUGAGUCCAGUCCCUCUCUCCCGUUGUCUCGAGACAUGGAUACCGAGCAGGAACUGGAUCAAGACGAAAGAUAUAGAAUGGUGGAUCUAGGGGCCGAUGGAAGCCUGUCAGGGAACGAGAGCGGAAUAAGUUUGGAGGAGGGCAACGACGAAGCUUCUGCAGUAGCAGAAUUAAGGCCUCUUCGUGUUUCUGCUAUACCUACCUCAAAAGUAACCGCUAAAGCAAAACUUAAGUCAAAUUCUAAAGAAACUGAAAUAUAACAAGAAGCAAAGCUGUUCCAAAUUCAUAGGCGCUUGCCCAACCUCUAAACUACAGCAACCUUAUCGGUGGAUCUCCCCAUUUUAGGUGUAAAACAUGUUUCCGUAGGUAAGUGAAACGAAUGCGAUGUAUUUUUUACAUGGUAAACACCUUCCAGCUGAUAGGUUUGCUUCGUCGCAUCGCUUUACAGUGUUUUUCUCUCUAACGUAUUGUUAAUUUAAAGUGUAGUUACUUUUUGGAGUGUCAGGGUAUUUAGCAGCGAGAUAAAAUUUCGCCUUUUAACAGUGAGGAAUGCUUCUGGGAAUAUUUACAAAAUGCAUUGUAUGAUCUCGACACAAGAGGGAUGGAGGGAAAAUUUGCCAUCGCUUUAUCGCUUUUUAGGCCUCGGGUAGCCAUUGUAUUGGGUCUCUUGUUCAGAUUUUAGACCAAGAAGGAAUUUUAACCAUUCUGUAUAGUAAUCGUACAAGUUUAAUUCUUCUUAACGUUGAACAUAAAUACAUCAGAAGUACGCUUUUUUUAAAAAAAAGUUACGAAUAGAGAUGUUUUUUUUUUCAAUUUACGCGGAUGUACUGCGUAUAACAACAUUAAGCUGAUUGAAGCAUUUUUGAAAGAAGUAAAAAGCGUAUGUCAAAUGGUGGUAAAUUUUUAUGACCUCGUUUUGGCGCUCGCCAGAGCCUCUUGCCAGCUUUCGUCACAGUGCCUGAUUGAAAUAGCGUUUCCAGACCUUCCUUUACGCCGUUCGUAGAGCACGUUCCUGAAACUCUAAAAAAGAAACCUGAACGUUUCUCUUUUCUAAGUGUGACGAUUCUAUAUGCAAACGACACUCAUUAUAGGGCCGCAGUCGAGUACUUCCCGUAAAGCCAGGGACUGAGUUGAUUUCCCCUGAAAGUGCUGUGGAGAUGAGGAAAUUUAGUCGGGGACAAACCUGCUUCCAUUAAAACACUCCUUACAGGGAUUUGAAUUGAAAGCCUUUUUAUUAUCAGAUAUUUAAUUAGUUGCUUGCGCCUAAAUAUACCUAUACAAUGAAAAUGUUACUAAUCUCAUUUGAUAUACAUUUCUAGAGAGGACGUUGUUUAAAAGUGCCAUCUACGUAUUUUUUUAACAUUCUGUUAGAAAAUCGCUCAAGUUUAACAUUUCAGAUUUGGUCUGAAUGCGACAUGUUUAUACAGCGGAAUUCAAAAGUUAAUUUCGAAUAAAUAACUUUACAUGAUAUGAGCCAAACGUAGCUUUGUUGCAUUUAUGAAUGAAACUAGGAAAAGCUGAACAACAUUUCGCUGACCACACGCGCGACUACUAUCAACUGCUAAUGAUAAACAUAUCGUAACUUUACACAGAGAAAUGAAAGCAAGCAAUUUCACACUUUGUUUCGAUGGAUAUCGUUACUUCACUUUGCAUUUUAUAAUGGUCACAUGUCACUGAAAAUUUAUAUCAGAAUAGCUCAUUUCCUUUCUAAAAUUAGUUUUGUAAAAUCUUUCACCAUUACGAGGUUCACUUAGAGAAUACUUAGAAAGCAGAAAAGUAACAAAAAUUCAAUUCGAAGAUUGAAUCUACAUUAUUUCUUCAAAAAUAUACCCAUUCAUUUAAAGAUAUACAGAGC